AUGUCAAGAAUUCAUUCAAUAUCAGAUUUAAAAUAUAUAAAACCACAAACUUUAUAUCAAUGGAUAACAAAUAAAUCAUCACCACCAAAUGGAAAUGGAAAAUUUGCAAUAAUAGAUGUAAGAGAUUCAGAUUAUGUAGGUGGUCAUAUAAAGGGAAGUUGGCAUUAUCCAUCAUCAAAUUUCCAAAAUUCAUUAGAAGAUUUACAAAACAAAUUAUAUGAAAAUGAUAUAAAUAAUGUAAUUUUCCAUUGUAUGUUAUCACAAUCAAGAGGUCCUUCAUCAACUUUAAAAUUUUUAAGAUCAAUUGAUUCAAUUAAAAAUUCUAAAUUAAAAGAAUUUUUAGAAAAAAAAUUAAAUAUUUAUGUACUAAGAGGUGGAUUUUCUCAUUGGCAAAGUGAAUUUGGUAAUGAUUCAAAUGUUACUGAACUGUAUGAUGAAGAUAUUUAUAGAUUUGGUAUACCAUCACCAUAA